UGACCCGUUAUACCAAUACUGAGGUUACAAACUGUAACGACACUACUCAGGAAAGCCACUACUCUGGACACUCGGCAUUAUACACUUGGCUGUGAACAUGAGUGGAAGUAAGCGUGUUGCUGUGGUGACCGGAUCCAACAAGGGUAUAGGCUACGCUAUAGUGCGUGGUCUGUGUAAACAGUUUCAAGGAGAUGUUUACCUGACAGCAAGAAAUCAAGAACUUGGUCUUAAAGCUGUAGAAGACCUGAAGAAAGAAGGUUGUCUAGUCAAAUUUCACCAACUCGAUAUCACGAAGCCGGACACUAUAAAUAAACUUAAGAACUUCCUUCAGGACAAUUAUGGCGGGCUGGACAUCCUGGUCAACAACGCUGGUAUUGCAUACAAGCAAUCAUCCACUGCACCAUUUUCCGAGCAGGCGGAAGUGUCUGUCCAAACAAACUUCAAUGGGACGCUUGAUGUGUGUGAGGCACUGUUCCCUCUUCUUCGUCCAAACGCAAGAGUGGUCAACGUAUCCAGUAUGGUGUCUCAGUUUGCACUAAAGAAAUGCAAAGUGGAUCUACAGAAGACUCUGGUAGACAUUCCCCGUAUCACUAUGGACGACUUAAAGACAUUGAUGAAGCAAUUUGUAGACUCAACAAAGAAAGGAACACAUGGGGAUGUAGGCUGGCCAGAAAGUGGAUAUGGUGCUUCGAAGAUCGGAGUGACGGUCAUGUCUAUGAUACAACAACGAGAAUUGUUGAAAGACACUAGACAGGAUAUUGUGGUGAAUGCGUGUUGUCCCGGAUAUGUGGAUACUGACAUGUCAUCGCACAAAGGAACUAAAACUAUCGAUGAAGGUGCUGACACGCCACUGUAUCUCGCCAUGCUCCCUCCCAACACGACCAGUCCUAAGGGAAAUUACGUAUCUGAUAGGAAAAUUGGAAAAUGGGAGGUAACCCAAGCAUAAACAAAACAACAAUCAACGGAUCGCACUGAAUGGAAACGUCCAUUCCGACAUCAAGCAUUACUAAUUUACACGGAAUGUAACAAGGAAGUUACAUUAAUCUGUGUGGACUAGUCUUUAUCAUAUAGACACAUCAUAAUCAAAUUGCUGUUAUUUAUAUUAUUUGAAAUAAAUAAAUAUUGAAACCACUUU